GGGGGGGCAGACGGCCGCCAUCUUCUCGCCGAGGCCGCCUCGCCCGCCGCGCGCGCCCGUCCGGCAGCGCACGGGUUAAGGCUGGCACCGCGCCCGGCGGGAGGGGGGGAGCCCACCUCCCCUUCUUUCCGCGCCGGGCAUGCGGGGCCCACUGGGCACCGAGGAGGAGCUACCGCGGCUGUUCGCCGAGGAGAUGGAGAACGAGGACGAGAUGUCAGAAGAAGAAGAUGGUGGUCUUGAAGCUUUCGAUGACUUUUUCCCUGUGGAGCCCGUGAGCCUUCCUAAGAAGAAGAAACCCAAGAAGCUCAAGGAAAACAAGUGCAAAGGGAAGCGGAAGAAGAAAGAGGGGAGCAAUGAUGAGCUAUCAGAGAAUGAAGAUGAUCUGGAAGAGAAGUCGGAGAGUGAAGGCAGUGACUACUCCCCGAAUAAAAAGAGGAAGAAGAAACUUAAGGACAAGAAGGAGAAAAAAGCCAAGCGAAGAAGGAAGGAGGAGGAUGAGGAUGAUAAUGAUGAUGGAUGCUUGAAGGAGCCCAAGUCCUCAGGGCAGCUCAUGGCCGAGUGGGGCCUGGAUGAUGUGGACUACCUGUUCUCGGAGGAGGACUACCACACGCUGACCAACUACAAGGCCUUCAGCCAGUUCCUCAGGCCACUCAUCGCCAAGAAGAACCCGAAGAUCCCCAUGUCCAAAAUGAUGACUGUCCUGGGUGCCAAGUGGCGGGAGUUCAGCGCCAACAACCCCUUCAAGGGCAGCUCGGCGGCAGCAGCGGCGGCAGCAGUGGCUGCAGCUGUAGAGACUGUCACCAUCUCUCCUCCACUAGCCAUCAGCCCCCUGCAGGCGCCCCAGCCUGUGCCUAUCCGCAAGGCCAAGACCAAGGAGGGCAAGGGGCCUGGAGUGCGGAAGAAGAUCAAAGGUUCCAAAGAUGGGAAGAAAAAGGGCAAAGGGAAAAAGAUGGCUGGGCUCAAGUUCCGCUUUGGAGGGAUCGGCAACAAGAGGAAGAAAGGCUCCUCGAGUGAAGAAGACGAGAGGGAGGAGUCAGACUUCGACAGUGCCAGCAUCCACAGUGCCUCCGUGCGCUCUGAGUGCUCUGCAGCCCUGGGCAAGAAGAGCAAGAGGAGGCGCAAGAAGAAGAGGAUUGAUGAUGGUGACGGCUAUGAGACGGACCACCAGGAUUACUGUGAGGUGUGCCAGCAGGGUGGGGAGAUCAUCCUGUGCGACACCUGCCCACGGGCCUACCAUCUCGUGUGCCUGGACCCAGAGUUGGAGAAGGCUCCCGAGGGCAAGUGGAGCUGCCCUCACUGUGAGAAGGAGGGGAUCCAGUGGGAGCCGAAGGACGACGACGACGAAGAGGAGGAGGGCGGCUGCGAGGAGGAGGAGGACGACCACAUGGAGUUCUGCCGCGUGUGCAAGGACGGGGGCGAGCUGCUCUGCUGCGACGCCUGCCCCUCCUCCUACCACCUGCACUGCCUCAACCCGCCGCUGCCCGAGAUCCCAAACGGUGAAUGGCUCUGCCCGCGCUGUACUUGCCCCCCACUGAAGGGCAAGGUCCAGCGGAUUCUACACUGGAGGUGGACGGAACCCCCUGCCCCCUUCAUGGUGGGCCUGCCGGGGCCUGAUGUGGAGCCCAGCCUCCCUCCACCCAAGCCUUUGGAGGGCAUCCCUGAGAGAGAAUUCUUUGUCAAGUGGGCAGGGCUGUCCUACUGGCACUGCUCCUGGGUGAAGGAGCUACAGCUGGAGCUGUACCACACGGUGAUGUAUCGCAACUACCAAAGGAAGAAUGACAUGGACGAGCCGCCGCCCUUUGACUACGGCUCUGGGGAUGAGGACGGCAAGAGCGAGAAGAGGAAGAACAAGGACCCCCUCUAUGCCAAGAUGGAGGAGCGCUUCUACCGCUAUGGCAUCAAGGCAGAGUGGAUGAUGAUUCACCGAGUCCUGAACCAUAGCUUUGACAAAAAGGGGGAUGUGCACUACCUGAUCAAGUGGAAAGACCUGCCCUACGAUCAGUGCACCUGGGAGAUCGAUGACAUUGACAUCCCCUACUACGACAACCUCAAGCAGGCCUACUGGGGCCACAGGGAGCUGAUGCUGGGAGAAGACAGCAGGCUGCCCAAGAGGCUGCUCAAGAAGGGCAAGAAGCUGAGGGAUGACAAGCAGGAGAAGCCUCCGGACACGCCCAUCGUCGAUCCCACGGUCAAGUUCGACAAGCAGCCGUGGUACAUUGACUCCACAGGCGGCACGCUGCACCCAUACCAGCUGGAGGGCCUCAACUGGCUGCGCUUCUCCUGGGCCCAGGGCACUGACACCAUCCUGGCCGAUGAGAUGGGUUUGGGCAAGACGGUGCAGACCAUUGUGUUCCUCUACUCCCUGUACAAGGAGGGCCAUUCCAAGGGGCCCUACCUGGUGAGUGCGCCCCUCUCCACCAUCAUCAACUGGGAACGCGAGUUUGAGAUGUGGGCGCCCGACUUCUACGUGGUCACCUACACGGGGGACAAGGAAAGCCGCUCUGUGAUCCGGGAGAAUGAGUUUUCCUUUGAGGACAAUGCCAUUCGGAGUGGGAAGAAGGUGUUCCGCAUGAAGAAAGAAGUGCAGAUCAAAUUCCAUGUGCUGCUCACCUCCUAUGAGCUCAUCACCAUCGACCAGGCCAUCCUGGGUUCCAUCGAGUGGGCCUGCCUGGUGGUGGAUGAGGCCCACCGCCUCAAGAAUAACCAGUCCAAGUUUUUUAGGGUCUUAAACAGCUACAAGAUUGAUUACAAGCUGCUGCUGACAGGGACCCCCCUUCAGAACAACCUGGAGGAGCUGUUCCAUCUCCUCAACUUCCUGACUCCAGAGAGGUUCAACAACCUGGAGGGCUUCCUGGAGGAGUUUGCUGAUAUCUCCAAGGAAGACCAGAUCAAGAAGCUGCAUGACCUGCUGGGGCCGCACAUGCUCAGGCGGCUCAAGGCUGAUGUGUUCAAGAACAUGCCAGCCAAGACCGAGCUCAUUGUCCGUGUGGAGCUGAGCCAGAUGCAGAAGAAGUACUACAAGUUCAUCCUCACGAGGAACUUUGAGGCGCUGAACUCCAAGGGGGGCGGGAACCAAGUGUCGCUGCUCAACAUCAUGAUGGACCUGAAGAAGUGCUGCAACCACCCCUACCUCUUUCCUGUGGCUGCCGUGGAGGCCCCCGUCUUGCCCAAUGGCUCCUACGAUGGAAGCUCUCUGGUCAAGUCUUCAGGGAAGCUCAUGCUGCUGCAGAAGAUGCUGAAGAAGCUGCGGGACGAGGGGCACCGCGUGCUCAUCUUCUCCCAGAUGACCAAGAUGUUGGACCUGCUGGAGGACUUCCUGGAGUACGAAGGCUACAAGUAUGAGCGGAUUGAUGGCGGCAUCACUGGGGGCCUCCGACAAGAGGCAAUCGACAGAUUCAAUGCCCCCGGGGCCCAGCAGUUCUGCUUCCUCCUCUCAACCCGGGCAGGUGGCCUGGGUAUCAACCUGGCCACGGCGGACACUGUCAUCAUCUACGACUCGGACUGGAACCCACACAAUGACAUUCAGGCCUUCAGCCGUGCCCACCGAAUUGGGCAGAACAAGAAGGUGAUGAUCUACCGCUUCGUGACUCGGGCCUCAGUGGAGGAGCGCAUCACGCAGGUAGCCAAGCGCAAGAUGAUGCUCACCCACCUGGUGGUGCGGCCUGGCCUCGGCUCCAAGUCGGGCUCCAUGACUAAGCAGGAGCUGGACGACAUCCUCAAGUUCGGCACGGAGGAGCUCUUCAAGGAUGACGUGGAGGGCAUGAUGUCUCAGGGCCAGAGGCCGGUCACACCCAUCCCUGAUGUCCAGUCUUCCAAAGGGGGAAACUUGGCUGCCAGUGCAAAGAAGAAGCAUGGUAGCACCCCACCAGGUGACAACAAGGAUGUGGAGGACAGCAGUGUGAUCCACUAUGACGAUGCGGCCAUCUCCAAGCUGCUGGACCGGAACCAGGACGCCACAGACGACACGGAACUACAGAACAUGAACGAGUACCUGAGCUCCUUCAAGGUGGCGCAGUACGUGGUGCGCGAGGAGGACGGCGUGGAGGAGGUAGAGCGGGAAAUCAUCAAGCAGGAGGAGAAUGUGGACCCCGACUACUGGGAGAAGCUGCUGCGGCACCACUAUGAGCAGCAGCAGGAGGAUCUGGCCCGCAACCUGGGCAAGGGCAAGCGCAUCCGCAAGCAGGUCAACUACAACGACGCCUCCCAGGAGGACCAGGAAUGGCAGGAUGAGCUCUCCGAUAACCAGUCAGAAUAUUCCAUUGGCUCCGAGGAUGAGGAUGAGGACUUUGAAGAGAGACCAGAAGGGCAGAGUGGACGACGACAAUCCCGGAGGCAGCUGAAGAGCGACAGGGACAAGCCCCUGCCACCUCUUCUCGCCCGAGUUGGUGGCAACAUCGAGGUGGGGCCUGUCUGUUCCCACAUCUUUCUGCCCCCAAUUCCUGCUGCUCCUGGGGUAUGGAGGAGGGCUGGGGAACUGCCGAGGGCCUCAUGCCAGGUAGCGGUGGGGCUGGUCUGGUAUUCGCCACCAGAGUCCUGCUCCAGGUGGUGGCCCCUGCCUUUUCUGUGCCUCCUUCCUGCCUUUUCCUCCUCCCAUACCUUUCUUCCUCAUCCCAGAAUCCUCUGUUUCUACCCUGUCUCUGCCCUGGGCUCACAUUCCCUCACUCCACCCGCCCAGGUGCUGGGCUUCAAUGCCCGACAGCGGAAGGCCUUUCUGAACGCCAUCAUGCGCUGGGGCAUGCCCCCGCAGGACGCCUUCAACUCCCACUGGCUGGUGCGGGACCUUCGAGGGAAGAGCGAGAAGGAGUUUAGAGCCUAUGUGUCCCUCUUCAUGCGGCACCUGUGUGAGCCGGGGGCGGAUGGCGCAGAGACCUUCGCAGAUGGCGUGCCCCGGGAGGGCCUCUCCAGGCAGCACGUGCUGACCCGCAUCGGGGUCAUGUCACUAGUUAGGAAGAAGGUUCAAGAGUUCGAGCAUGUCAAUGGGAAGUACAGCACCCCAGACUUGAUUCCCGAGGGGCCCGAGGGCAAGAAGCCGGGCGAGGUGAUCUCCUCAGACCCCAACACGCCAGUGCCCGCCAGCCCUGCCCAUCUCCUGCCAGCCCCGCUGGGCCUGCCAGACAAAAUGGAAGCCCAGCUGGGCUAUAUGGAUGAGAAGGACCCGGGGCUGCAGAAGCCACAGAAACCCUUGGAAGUCCAGGCCCUGCCAGCUGCCUUGGACAGAGUGGAGGGCGAGGACAAGCACGAGAGCCCAGCCAGCAAGGAAAGAGCCCGAGAGGAGCGGCCAGAGGAGAAGGAGAAGGCCCCGCCCUCCCCAGAACAGCUGCCUAGAGAGGAGGUGCUUCCUGAGAAGGAGAAGAUCCUGGACAAGCUGGAGCUGAGCUUGAUCCACAGCAGAGGGGAUGGUGCUGACUUCAGGCCAGCAGAUGACACCAAGGCUGAGGAUAAGGAGCCCAUUGAAACACAGCAAAAUGGUGACAAAGAGGAAGAGGACGAGGGGAAGAAGGAGGACAAGAAGGGGAAAUUCAAGUUCAUGUUCAACAUUGCGGAUGGGGGCUUCACAGAGUUGCACACGCUGUGGCAGAAUGAGGAGCGGGCUGCAGUGUCCUCGGGGAAAAUCUACGACAUCUGGCACCGGCGCCACGACUACUGGCUGCUGGCAGGCAUUGUGACGCACGGCUACGCCCGCUGGCAGGACAUCCAGAAUGACCCAAGGUACAUGAUCCUCAACGAACCCUUCAAGUCUGAGAUUCACAAGGGCAACUACCUGGAGAUGAAGAACAAGUUCCUGGCCCGCAGGUUCAAGCUGCUGGAGCAGGCACUGGUCAUUGAGGAACAGCUCCGGAGGGCUGCCUACCUGAACAUGACCCAGGACCCCAACCACCCCGCCAUGGCCCUCAAUGCCCGCCUGGCUGAAGUGGAGUGCCUUGCCGAGAGCCACCAGCACCUGUCCAAGGAGUCCCUUGCUGGGAACAAGCCUGCCAAUGCCGUCCUGCACAAGGUCCUGAACCAGCUGGAGGAGCUGCUGAGCGACAUGAAGGCCGAUGUGACCCGGCUGCCAUCCAUGCUGUCCCGCAUCCCCCCUGUGGCAGCCCGCCUGCAGAUGUCAGAGCGCAGCAUCCUGAGCCGCCUGACCAACCGUGCCGGGGACCCCACCAUCCAGCAGGGCGCUUUCGGCUCCUCCCAGAUGUACAGCAACAACUUUGGGCCCAACUUCCGGGGCCCUGGACCGGGAGGGAUUGUCAACUACAACCAGAUGCCCCUGGGGCCCUAUGUGACCGAUAUCUAGCCGUCCUCGAGACUUCCCUGUGCCGCAGCGCUCAUUUCCAGCUGAGCCAUGCCUGCCGGGUCACCUGCCCGAUCCCCAUGGGAGAGAAAAGCUGCCGCCUUUUUAGGAGCCAGCACCACCUUGGGACAAAAAGGGAAACCGAGUCAUGCCAUCACAUGGAGGACGAGGCCCAGCCCGGCGGGGCCAGAGCCCAGAAGUGCCACGUCAUCAUAAUUCAAGUGUUCUUCCACACAGCGUUGCCCCCACCACCACGCCGGACGUGCCCCUGCCACCUAUUCCGACGACUCUUAGAAGAGAUCUCGUUAUUUGUACAUCUUUUGCACCUUCCUAUUGAAGACUUGAACACGUUUGUCUUGAUAAAAGUCAGAUGACGUACGGGAGGUUUGAACCUGCAGUGCUGACAUCUCUCUUUACUGAUGGGUUCCAGACACAAGGAAGCCCUGGCGCUACCCUGUGGACUCAGCCCAGCUGGGAGGACACGCCCAGUGCCCUGGGAGCCCUCAGCGUCUCCUGCCUGUCCUGUCUACACCUGUGUGACUGCCCCUUCUGCUCAGGCCCCCUGCCUACUUGGAGCCUCCCCGCACCAGGCAGGGCAGGUUGGGGAGCAGCCAUCCAGCCCAAUGGUGAGACCCGGGCUGACAUUUCCUCUCCUUCCUGCUGAGGCUGGAGGCCGCUAGGUGUUUGCUCUCUCCUUGUGGGGAGGAGGAUCCUCUGCCAGCAGAUGUGUUCCUGGCCCCGUGCGUCUUGAAGGCCCUGAAUUCUGUUACCAGUGGGAUGCCUGUGGCCCUGGCUGUUGUGUUCAUGGCAGGCAGAAACGUGUGACUCCAGGAGGGUGGGCCGGGAGGGUCAGCGCUUGCCUCAGAGCCACUGCUGCAUUUGGGGUUUGCCUCCUGCCGGAGGUGUGCUUAAGUGACAGCAGGUGCCCCAGCAAGGAGGGUCAUUGUCCCUGAGCUGGCCCAAGAGACCCUGGCCCCACCCUGUGCCCUGGGAUGCCUGCCCCGCCCACCUCUGGGGGUGGAGCUGGGCUGCCCCUGGGGGCCUGGACUUGUCCCAUUCUCCUGUCCCUGAGAGGCCUUCCUGGGGUGCUUCCUGCCUGAGGCUGCACCCUUGGAGGGCGUGGGGAGAGCUCUGCCUGGAGGGGACUGGGCCCAGUGCCCUCUGCAGACCCCUCCCAGUUGCCACACUGAGGGCUUGCUGCCUUGUUUCCUGCCAGGAGUGCCCUGGAGUCCCAAAACCAUCUUCCCACAUGUGGGCUCUUGGAAUCCCACCCACUCCCCAACCCCUGCCCCUCCAAGCUGGGGACGGAGACGGGGAGCAGUUCAGGCCCUCCCUAGGCCUGUCUGUGUCUGAUCCUCCUCCUGGUCCCAGGUCGGUCUGGAAGGCAUUUCUGAGUCUUGAACUGGGAGCUUCCUAGGGAAGGUGCCUUGGGGUGCAGAAUCCUGGGAGUGUUAGGAAGGGGUGGGUGUGCCGCAGGGGCUGGGGCUCUGCUCCCCGGGGAGGGCCUGCCUGGGACUGGGUCAGGACUCACUGGCUUGUGUUACAGACAAUGGAGAGAUUCUCUAAGGCCCAGAUGCCUCCCUGAUAGUGAGGCUCUCUCUGAACCCCAGAGGGCGGGACCCCAAGACCCUUUCAUCUUGGCGCAUUCCCACACUCCAGGCUGGAUCCAGGUCUGCAAGGCCAGCCCGACCCUGAGGUUGCAGGUGGACAUAGUGGGGAGAAUGCUGGAGUGGAGAUGAUUGUCAGCAGGCUCACAUGCGGCCCGGACUCCGCCAUGCGUGGACGGCACCCAACGUUGCCUCCAGGAAGGGCGGCCCUGAACCAGCCGUUUGGUUUAUCCACACGUGUGUUGUGUGAUCUGCAGUGCCACCCGGCAAAGGCUCCUGGCUCGGGUCACAGGCGAGGUGACCUGCCAUAAGCUCACUCCUGUGACCCUGUCCCCAAACAAGCAGUGGCCAGCGCUGGGUUGGCCCUCUUUGGGAGCAGUGCCCACCUCCCUUGGCCCACAGAAGAUAGGUCCCUGUCAGCAGGCCUGGAGGUGUGUGGGAGUCAGGGCAGGGGUCCGUGUCUCCACCUCAAGGGCUGAUGUUCCCUUCCCUGUGAGCCGCUCCUCCCAGGCAGCCUUGCUCUGUCCCUUCCUCUCUGCUUCCCUCCCAGGCCUUGCCAGGGCUCCCUUCUCCUCUGCCUGGUUAGACUUGGGCACCUAGGAAAGCCUGGCCAGAGCUCCUUCGGGCCCGGGACCCUGCACUGCCUGGUCCAGAAGGGGUGGUGCGCUCCGUGGCUGGCAGCCUGGAGGCCCGGGAGGGGUGGGCUGCUGGAGUCAGAGCAGGUUUGGGGCCGACCAGUUUGGGAGAGAAGAAAAGAUCUUCGAAUGUCUUCUUGGCUUGUCAAUCAUCUCUGCCAAAAGUGGUGAUGGUGUUAUUGGUAUCUUUGGCAUCUUCGGGUUGGGUUUGGUUUUUGCUGCUGGCAGAAUUAGGGGUCUGGGGCAUGAGUGUGAGCCCACAGUACCAGUCUGUGAUUGGAGAUUUGCAGCCACUUUAUUUAAACCAAUGCUGAACAGGGCUUCUGCAGAGCCACCUUUGGGCCACGGUCUUGGAAGGCAUUACCCCAUGGGCUCAGGUGACUCGGGGUGGAGUGAGCCGGUCUGUGGGAGCCUCAUACAUGCCUGAGGCGGAAGCAGCAUCCUCCUGAAAGCCACCUUUCCGAAGCUCCUGUGUUUCCUGCAAACUUGGCUUCUGCCAGGGGUGGGCCGGACUUUCCCUGCCCCAAACGAUCGAUCGAAGUCCUCCUGCUUUUGGGAGCUGCCUUCUCAGAGUUCCCCGGGUGCUCCUCCGCCCAAGUCAGGGGCUGACCAAGCCUUGGCCUGGUGACUCCUGCAGCCCUCCUGUCAUUCCAGGACACUUGAGGGCCCAAGGAGGUGGACUGGAGAGGAGGCUCGGGGAUGUGGGAGCCAGAAGCCGGUGGAGUUGGUCAACUGUGGGUCACUUGGAGCCUCCAGUGUGCACCAGGGUCCGUGGGCAGGGGAUGGGGCAUGGGUGAGGGCCAAGGCUGGCAUGCCACCUUGGUGACCUGGCCCCGUCCCCUCCCGCAGGGCUCUCCUGGGGCAGGCUGGGCAUCAGUCGUGGAGGCCGGCUCUGGCCUGUUUUCGUGUCUGGAAGUUUACAGGUUGUGGUGCAUCAGCCCAGUCAUUGGUGUUCUGUUUUUGUUUCCUUUUUCUUUAGUUUUCAGAUUUCUUUUUUUUAACAAAGUAUUUUUUUAGGUGCGAUAACCCAGAAAGGGCCUGUUGGGUGUGUGUGUGUGUCCCGAAUUCCUCAAGCCAAGAUUGCAGCCCAAGUACCCUGGAGAGGAGGAAGGGGUCCCACUGGCACGUGGGGUCUGAGUUCAGGGGAGGGAGGGAGCAGACCCCACCGGCCCAGGCCCAGCUAAGAGGGGGCCGACCCCUUUCCCCAGGCACAGUCUACGCUGGCAGAGGGUCCUGGGCUGGGUGCAGGGCACGUCAGGAGUCCCAGCCAGGGUGGCCCUGGUGGGGGUGGGGUCGAGCUUUGGAAGCCGAGCUCCUCUGUGAGCCGUGGCUUGUCCAGUCUUCACCCGAGGGAGACCGGACAGAGACCGAACGACACAAUCACCUUUACUUUGUACUCUGUGUGUAUGUUUUGGUUUUCUGUGUUUUAAUAAAUCCUUUGGGAAAGGA